AUGCCCGACAAGGAAACCAUAUUGCGUUUCCUGAGCGAGAACCCGGACCGAGCCUCCAAGCGCGAUGUCGCCAAGGCCUUCGGCAUCAAGGGCGACACACGGGCCGAGCUGAAGGAUGUGCUCAGGCAACUGGAAGAAGAAGGCCUGAUCGAGCGGGACAAGAAGAUGCUCCGGCGCCCCGGCACACUGCCGGCAGUGGCGGUGCUGGAAAUCACCCUGCGCAACAGCGAUGGCGAUCUGGUUGCACGACCGGCUGAAUGGCUCGAGGAUCACGGCGCGGCUCCGGCUGUGAUCGUUCGGCAGUCGAACGCCGGACGCGAUCGCGGAAAAUCCCGCACGCCUUCCACUGCCGCCAGCAUCGGCGACCGGGUUCUCGCGCGGAUCUUCCCCGCCACGCACGGCAAGGGCACCAGCUACACCGCCCGGAUCAUGAAAAUUCUCGACCGGCGCGACGGCUUGAUCCUCGGCGUGUUCCGGUCGGCGCCUGGCGGCAGUGGCCGGCUGAUGCCGAUCGAGCGGCGCGGCGAGGAGUUUACCAUCGAUCCCGAUUACACCGGGGACGCCAAGGACGGCGAUCUGGUCGAGGCGGAGCCAGCCCGGCUGGGCCGCAUGGGGUUGCCGCGCGCCAAGGUGCACGCGGUGCUCGGAUCGGUCGAGGGCGAGAAGGCGAUCUCGAUGAUCGCCAUUCAUGCGCAUGGCAUCCCGCAUGUCUUCCCGGCCGAGGUGAUCGAGGCAGCAGAAAAUGCGAAGCCGGCACCGUUGCAGGGACGCGAAGACUGGCGCCAUAUCCCGCUGAUCACCAUCGACCCGCAUGACGCCAAGGACCACGACGACGCAGUCUAUGCCGAGGAAGACCCCUCGCCCGACAAUCCCGGCGGCAUGAUCGCCACCGUGGCAAUUGCCGACGUGUCUUGGUAUGUGCGUCCCGGCUCGGUGCUCGACCGCGAAGCGCUGAAGCGUGGCAACUCGGCCUAUUUUCCUGAUCGGGUGGUGCCGAUGCUUCCCGAGCGGAUCUCCAACGAUCUGUGUUCGUUGCGUGAGGGCGAAGACCGCCCGGCGCUGGCGCUCAGAAUGGUGUUUUCCGCCGAAGGCCGCAAGAUCAGCCACAAGUUUCAUCGCAUCAUGAUGAAAAGUGCCGUGAAACUGUCCUAUCAGCAGGCCCAGGCAGCGAUUGACGGCAAUCCGGACGACAAGGCCGGGCCUGUGCUGGACAGUGUCCUGAAGCCGCUGUGGAAGGCCUAUGCCGUGCUCAAGCGCGAACGCGACCGGCGCCAGCCGCUUGAUCUCGAUAUGCCCGAGCGCAAGAUCCUGCUGACGCCGGAGGGCAAGGUCGACACAGUGAUCGUGCCUGAACGGCUCGACGCGCACCGGCUGAUCGAAGAAUUCAUGAUCCAGUCCAACGUGGCUGCUGCGGAAACGCUGGAAAGACGCAAGCAGGCGCUGAUCUACCGGGUUCACGACGAGCCUUCGCUGGCAAAGCAGGAAGUCUUACGCGAAUUUCUGGGCACGCUCGGUCUGUCGCUGGCGCGCGGCUCGGCGAUACGGGCCAAUGCUUUCAACGGCAUUUUGUCCAAGGCGGUCGACCAGCCCUAUCAGGGCAUGGUCAACGAGAUGGUGUUGCGCAGCCAGAGCCAGGCCAUCUACUCGCCUGAAAACCUGGGGCAUUUCGGGCUCAACCUGAUGAAAUACGCCCACUUUACCUCUCCAAUUCGCCGCUAUGCGGAUCUGAUCGUGCACCGGGCGCUGGUGGGUUCACUGGGCCUUGGUGAAGGCGGCAUCACGCCGCCGGAAGAAGCAGCGCUCGACAACAUCGCUGCGGAAAUCUCCGUCACCGAGCGGCGCGCCAUGGCGGCGGAACGCGACACGGUGGACCGACUGGUAGCGCACCAUCUGGCCGGACGUCUGAAUGAGGCGUUCGAGGGCCGUAUUUCAGGCGUGACGAAAUCCGGGCUGUUUGUCAGCCUGCCUCAAUUUGGCGCAGAUGGCUUUAUUCCGGUUUCCACAUUGGGACUGGACUAUUAUCACUAUGACGAGGCGCAUCAGGCCCUGACCGGAGAGAAAACCGGUCUGGGCUAUCGUCUCGGAGAUGGGGUGGAGGUCAAACUCGUCGAAGUGAUCCCGCUGGCAGGCUCAAUGCGAUUUGAGAUGCUCAGCGAGGGACAGAAAAUGCCAAAGGGCACACGGUCGUUUCACAAGAGAAGAGACAUGCUCGAGUUUGGCGGCGAUACAGCUCAUCAAAAAGACGCACCCCGGGACACCUGGCGCGCAGUCAAGCGCGGGAUGCUCUGCCGUUGCCCCAAUUGCGGCGAGGGCAAACUGUUCAGGGCCUUCCUGAAACCGGUGGAUGCCUGUGCAAGCUGCGGCGAGGAGAUGGUUCACCAUCGCGCCGAUGAUUUUCCGGCCUAUCUGGCGAUUUUCAUCGUCGGUCACAUCGUUGUCGCAGGUUUCAUGGCCACCGACACCUGGCUCGUGCUUGAAAGCUGGCAGCACCUGAUGAUCUGGAUCCCGAUCACCAUCAUUCUGACCAUGGCGAUGCUGCCUUCGAUCAAGGGCGGGGUUAUCGGUGUUGCCGCCAACACCGCGCUGCUGACAGAAGAUCAUCAGUCGCGAACCAGUGAAAAGCGGCAUCCGACCCGAUCCCCGCGCGACGCGGCUUCACUCAUUCUGCUGGAUCGAAGCAGCAAGACACCAAGGGCGCUGUUGGGAAAGCGCGGCAAGGCCCAUGCCUUCAUGCCGGAUUUGUAUGUGUUUCCUGGUGGCCGGCGUGAUCCCGGCGACAACCGGGUGGCGCUUGCCCGGCCAUUGCAGGACCAGGUGCUGGACAAGCUCAUGGCGCGAACCCGGGCCCGAUUUCAAGACACGGCGGCCCGCGGCCUCGCUGUCGCCGCGGCGCGUGAAAUGAUGGAAGAGGCGCAUUUGUCGCUCACGCCAUCGGAAUAUGCCGGCAUGCUGCGUCCGGAUGUCUCGCGCUUCCGCUUUCUGGCCCGCGCCAUCACGCCUCCUGGCCAAUCGCGCAGGUUUGACACCCGCUUCUUUGCCUGGCAACCUCACAUGGACAAUCCAUCUCUCCGCACUGCCGUGAUCCGUGAGGAGAUACAUUGGCCUGCGCUGAUCGCCGCCGUUUCAGCCAUCACGGCGGUCGGCAUUGCGAUCGGGCUGGGGCUGCCGCUGCUGUCCAUCAUUCUUGAGAAGCGCGGCGUCUCGUCCUCGAUGAUCGGGCUCAACUCGGCCAUGGCCGGUGUUGCGGCCAUGGUCGCGGCACCGAUUUCCACCAUGCUGGCGCAACGCCUGACCGUGACCACCACCAUGGUGCUGUCGAUCGUUGCGGCGUCAGCGAGUGCGCUGGGGUUCUACUAUGCCGAGGCGUUGUGGAUGUGGUUUCCGCUGCGCAUCAUCUUCCACGGUGCGAUCACCAUCCUGUUCGUGCUGUCGGAAUUCUGGAUCAACACCGCAGCGCCGCCCUCGCGGCGGGGACUGGUGCUGGGAAUCUACGCCACCGUGCUCUCGCUCGGAUUUGCGGCCGGCCCGCUGAUCUUCUCCGUGGUCGGAUCGGAGGGGAUCAUGCCGUUUGCGAUUGGUGCCGGCAUCAUCCUGCUGGCUGCUGUCCCGAUCCUGAUGGCGCGAAAGGAAAAUCCGCUGAUCGAGACGGCGCCGAGUCACGCGUUCAUGCGCUAUGUGUUUCUGGUUCCGACCGCGACCGCUGCGGUGUUCAUUUUCGGCGCUGUCGAAUCAGGCGGAUUGUCGCUGUUUCCGGUCUAUGCAAACCGGACCGGGUUCACCGAAUCGCAAGGCGCAUUGCUGCUGAUGAUGAUGGGGCUUGGCAAUGUGUUGUUCCAGAUCCCCAUCGGUUUGAUCGCAGACCGGAUGAAGGAUCGACGGCCGCUCCUGUCGCUGUUUGCCUUCAUCGGGCUGGUGGGGUCACUCGCCCUGCCCUUCCUGAUCCACAACUGGUUGCUGACAGCCGUGAUCCUGUUGUUCUGGGGUGGCAGCGUCGCCGGUCUCUACACCGUCGGGCUGGCCCAUCUGGGCGACAAGCUGCAUGGUGCAGAUCUCGCUGCAGCCAAUGCUGCCUUCGUGUUCUGCUAUGCGCUCGGCAUGCUGGUCGGCCCGCAGACCAUCGGUGUUUCGAUGGAUAUUGCCGGCGAUCACGGGCAAGACACCAUGGCCAAGGCGACCACAAUCAAGAUCAAGCUCCUGUCGACCGCCGACACCGGCUUUUUCUACGUUACCAAGAAGAACAGCCGUACCUUUACCGAGAAGAUGGUGAAGACCAAGUACGAUCCGAUUGCCAAGAAGCACGUUGAAUUUAAGGAAGCCAAGAUCAAGUAA